AUGGCCGAGGAAAAGCCAAAGGAAGGAGUCAAGACUGAAAGCAACAACCACAUUAAUUUGAAGGCAGCCGGGCAAGAUGGUUCCGUGGGGCAAUUUAAGAUGAAGAGGCACACACCGCUUAGUAAACUAAUGAAAGCCUAUUGUGAACUACAGCGUUUGUCAAUGAGGCAGAUCAGAUUCCGAUUGGAUGGGCAACCAAUCAAUGAAACAGAAACACCUGCACAGUUGGAAAUGGAGGAUGAAGAUCCAAUGGAUGUGUUCCAGCAGCAGACAGGUGGUGUUUACUAA